AUGGGAAAUCCAGAUAAGAAGGAAGCUGAGUCGGUGGCAGUUGCAAUAGACAGAGACAAAGGGAGCCAAUAUGCUUUGAAAUGGACUGUUGAUCAUCUUCUCACCAGGGGACAAGCUCUCACACUGGUACACGUUAACCAAAGAGUAACUUCAAGUCCCAAGCCGAGAAGAACGCACAAACAACUCGACAAUGAGUCCAAGGACUUGUUCCUUCCAUAUCGUUGCUUUUGCACGCGAAAGGGUGUAGGAUUCUGCCUCUUCAUUUUACAUAUAUACCGGUUCCCUUUAAAAAUCUCAUGUAAUGAAGUGGUGCUCGAGAACAUGGAUAUAGCAAAAGCAUUAACUGAAUACAUUUCCGCAACUACAGCUGAGAUUUUGGUUGUUGGUGCAUCAACAAGGGGUGGCCUCGUAAGGAGAUUUAUGGCUGCAGAUGUUCCAAGCAGCGUGUUAAAAGCGGCACCAGAUUUCUGCACUGUGUAUGUGAUUUCCAAAGGAAAGAUAUCAUCUGUCCGAUCCGCUACUGCGCCAGUACCUGCAAAGAUAUCUCCCCAUAACCAAAUGCAGCAUGAAGCAAGCCAUAUUUCUGAGCAACCUAAUGCAAAUUCAAUGCGUGAGCAACAACAACAUAGACCAUCGGGUCAGCUUCUGUAUUUCUAUGAUAAUUUCUGGAACAGGUCACCAUUCACAAGACAUAAUCGGACUUCAAUGAACAAAUCGUAUGAGCUCUCCACGACAGAUACUCAUGACAUAUCAUUUGUGAGCAGUGGAAGGCCAAGCAUAGAUCAGAUGUUUCCUUCUAUUUAUGGAUAUCAAGAACCUGAAUUGCCUACUCGAAUUUCAACCAGCUCAGAAUUUGACUAUAGAAACUUUGGAUCAUCCCUUUCGGGAAACAUAUCAAUUGAUCAUGAGCUAUCUUCACCGUUUGAACACUCAAGCUCGCUUGAAAGUCGGAAUUCAUCAUGUUCAUCUCAGAUCAAGGUAAGAACAAUAUGUCUGGGAGAAUCGCACUGUUUACUCAAUGCUCUGAAAUUACAGGAUGAAGUAGAAGCUGAGAUGAGGCGGCUGAAGCUAGAGCUCAAGCAAACAAUGGACAUGUAUAGCACGGCCUGCAAGCAAGCACUCACAGCAAAGCAGAAGGCAAGAGAGCUUCACCUCUGGAAACUCGAAGAAGAACAGAGAUUGGAAGAGGCACGACUCGCUGAGGAAGCUGCUUUGGCAGUUGCAGAGAAGGAGAAAGCUAAAUGUAAAGUAGCCCUUGAGGCAGCCGAAGCAGCUAGGAGGCUAGCACAACUAGAAGCACAAAAGAGAGUGAGCGCAGAAAUGAAAGCCCUCAAAGAUGCGGAGGAAAGAAAGAAGGCAACGUCUGCUUUGAUGCCAAAGGAUAUCAGGUACAGAAGAUACCCAAUUGAGGCAAUCGAAGAGGCAACAGACUACUUUUCGGCAUCUCGCAAGAUAGGGGAAGGAGGUUAUGGGCCUGUAUACAUGUGUGAACUGGAUCACACACCGGUAGCAGUUAAGGUUCUACGUCCAGAUGCAGCUCAAGGAGAGGCACAGUUUCACCAAGAGGUUGAAGUAUUGAGCUGCAUAAGGCAUCCAAACAUGGUUCUCCUCCUUGGAGCUUGCCCAGAGUAUGGCUGCCUUGUCUAUGAGUACAUGGCUAAUGGGAGCUUAGAAGACCGUCUCUUUCGGCGAGGUAACACACCCGUUCUUCCUUGGCAACUAAGAUUCCGAAUCGCAGCAGAGAUUGGCACUGGCCUUCUUUUCCUCCACCAGACUAAGCCUGAACCACUUGUACACCGUGACCUUAAACCUGGCAACAUUUUGCUUGACCGUAACUAUGUCAGCAAGAUCAGUGAUGUUGGCUUGGCCAGGCUUGUCCCUUCAUCAGUAGCCGACAGUGUAACUCAGUACCGCAUGACAUCAACAGCUGGAACAUUUUGUUACAUUGACCCAGAGUAUCAGCAAACGGGCAUGCUUGGAAUAAAAUCUGAUAUAUACUCACUUGGGGUAUUGCUCCUACAAAUAAUAACAGCCAAGCCACCAAUGGGCUUGACUCAUCAUGUUGAACGGUCCAUAGAAAGGGGGACUUUCGAAGAGAUGCUUGACCCAUCUGUUCCUGACUGGCCAGUCGAAGAGGCGCUAAAGUUUGCGAAGCUAGCUCUUCAAUGUGCAGAAAUGAGGAGAAAAGAUCGACCGGAUCUGGGGAAGGUCGUGUUACCUGAACUUAACAGACUAAGAGUUCUCGCUGAAGAUAGCAUGAAUGCCGGCUUCAUGAUGAGCAGUAGUGAACCAAACUCACCAAGACAAACCCAAGCAUCCUCACCACAAGUAAGCUGAUGUCACAAAUCAUGUGCUUAUUUUAUGUUCAUGAGAAUCAAUCUUUUCUUUAUAGAACACCACAUGACUUCCUGUUGCCUAUGAAAUUUUCACAAAUUUAUCAACUACUUCAAUUUUGUUUUGGUCGGUUAUAUAUCAAAAUUAAUAUUUUAAGUCUAAAUAAAAGUUUUUUAUUCCUUCUAGGAAGUGAGUUGCUAGCACAAUCUGGAUCUGGAUCAUGAUCUGAUAGAGCCAAAGAUCAGCCACAUGAGCAAGCAUCAUCCAUCAUAGGAAGAAGACAAUGUACAUACUGAUUUUUUUUUCCUUUUUAUAUGCAAACCAGCUUAAAUUUUUUUGCUUUGGAGGUAACUUGACUAUAAAGCGGAUCAACUAUGUCCUAAGGGUGCCACAAGUCAAGGCGUGGAGUCAAAUGUUGUUUCCUCAGGAUACAAGGAAACUCAAUAUAUCGGCCAGUCUUAUCAAGUUUUCUAUUAUUUCCUGCUUCUUUGAUGAACGUCUAGAAAAAUAUAUCAUACAGUAUUUCUAAAGAGUAUCCAUUCACUGUUAUUUUCUGGUUCUUUGUUUUGCUUUUUGAGAAAUGAAAUUUAUUUCUUUUUUUUUUAGAAACAAGAUUUAUUAUAUGACAAAGAUCAGAUGCAAUAGUUCUAAAACUAUAGGAAUUAAAUAGCUGAAUCAAAGGAUGAUUUACUAGCAUUUCAAGGAAAUUUCCCAAAAGAACAGAAACAAAAAAGAAAAAUAUUAGUAUUUGUAAGUGCCAACUCUGAAUUACUUGCCCAUACCAUAAUAAAAAAAACUGAUGCCAAGCCAAUUUUACUCCUUUUCCCUUGGAAAAAGCAAUCCAAUGUUUGGAACAGAUACAAGAGGAUAUUCAGCUAAAAUAGGAUUUUCUCGAUUUUUUCCCAAAGUUUUCUUCCAUGAAACCUUUCUUUAUGUCGUAUCCAGGACUUUAUGGCAUCCAUUUUAGAAUCAGAUACUCAGCAUAAAGUAGGGUUUUGUCAAUUUUUUUUCAAAGUUUUCUUCCAUGAAACCAUUACCUCCCAAUGGAUACUAUUCAUGACGUACACAUGCAAUGACGUACAACUGACGAAACCGGCCAGCAAUGAUGCAGACUGACUGCCGGAGCACGGAACCGCCCGAAAUCGGUAGAGAACCGGUCAGACGGCGGUAUAAAUUCCUUAAAACCAACGUCAGCCGGUUCGGUUCAAAACCGCGGCCAAUUAAAUAAAUAUAUUUUAUAUAUAUCGUAGUUAAAACAACGUCAUUCUACUUAAAUUUAAGUGGAACAGCAUCAUUUUAAAUCUAAUGUAUACAAAAAAUAUAGAGCUUUAC